UUUUUUGGAUGUUUUAAUUAAAGUCAGGAACAGACACAAUGAUGUGGUUCCAACCAUGGCGCAAGGGGUGAUUGAAUACAAGGAAAAAUAUGGCUUUGAUCCAUUUGUUAGCAGUAACAUCCAGUACUUUCUAGAUAGAUUCUACACCAACCGCAUCUCUUUCCGUAUGCUUAUUAACCAACACACACUUCUUUUUGGUGGAGAUAUUAAUCCUGCUCAUCCCAAACAUAUUGGAAGUAUUGAUCCUAAUUGUAAUGUGGCAGAAGUGGUUAAAGAUGCUUAUGAAACAGCUAAGAUGUUAUGUGAACAGUACUAUCUGGUGGCACCUGAUCUGGAAGUUGAAGAAUUCAAUGCUAAAGCUCCCAACAAGCCUAUUCAAGUUGUCUAUGUACCUUCUCAUUUGUUUCACAUGUUAUUUGAAUUAUUCAAGAAUUCAAUGAGGGCUACAGUGGAAUUGCAUGAAGGUAAGAGAGAAGGCUAUCCAUCGAUCAAAACCUUAGUCACUCUGGGGAAAGAAGAUCUAUCUAUUAAGAUAAGUGAUCAAGGUGGAGGUGUACCUUUAAGAAAAAUAGACAGAUUGUUUAACUACAUGUACUCAACGGCACCCAGGCCUAGUUUGGAGCCCUCAAGAGCUGUGCCUUUGGCUGGGUUUGGCUAUGGCUUGCCAAUUUCUCGUCUGUAUGCUAGGUACUUCCAAGGUGACCUUAAGCUCUACUCAAUGGAAGGCGUUGGUUCAGAUGCUGUAAUUUAUUUGAAGGCCCUUUCAAGUGAAUCAUUUGAAAGACUUCCUGUUUUUAAUAAAUCAGCAUGGCGACACUACAAGACCACACCUGAAGCAGAUGACUGGAGCAAUCCUAGCAGUGAACCAAGGGAUGCUUCUAAAUAUAAAGCUAAUCGAUAAUUUGCCACCUUUUGUCUCUGUUGGAGAUGACCUCUGCAUUCAGUAUAAAGUCUCUGCUUUGUUCCAAAAUCCUUCAAACCACAAUAGCUAAUUACUUCCAAACAAAGACCUAAUCAGGGCAUUGAAAAAUAGUAAGAACAAAGUGAUGAUUGGGACUUAAAGGAAGGCACUGAGCACGUUUGGUAUGUGAAUCCUGUCUACUUCACCAGAAUAUGCUUGGUUGCUUCAGUCAUGCAUUGACAAAAGGGAUUGCACUGUGAUUGCACUAAGGAGUACAAUGUUGUAACAGAAAGAUACUAUUUGAAAUGGCCAAUUUUUAUUCCAGUGUAAGGAUUGGCAAGAUGUGCAGAAUCCCUUUAAAUGGUGAAUAGUAUCUUGCACAGCAAUAUGGCAUAAGAGAAAAAUUCUAAUGUAGUUAAACAUAUGCUUUGAAAAUCCACUGUUUGCUGCAUUUUAUAUUGCCCAGUGUCACCUCUUACAGAAAAUCCCUUUGAGCUCUUCAGAUUUUGUAUCUAAUGAGCUUAUCAAUGCAUAGUACUAAAAAGGGUUGUGCAGCUUUAAACUGAUGCUUUCCCCAGAUUCUCAAACCCAUUUGUCAAGUGCAUACAAAAAUUAUGUUGUUUAUAAGACAUUGGGAUUUCCACUUCUUGGUAGGCACCUUAGUGAUUUUCUUGACAUGCAACCACAGAAAUGCAUUUCUAUACAUUUUUCCUUGUUUUCAGGAAAGAUCAUAAGUAGUUAGAUCAUUUCUCCAUACAAUAAAUUUGUCAGUAGAGGGGCAAGGGGUAAUUCAAUUUCAUGUUUAUUGCCUAUGAUUUUUGGGGGGUUGGGGAGGGGAGAGAAAUGCUGAAAGGCCAGACAGCCAGUCAUAUAAAUGAAUUUGCCUUAAGAGUGUUGGUUGCUUGGAACCUGAUUAGUUUAAGACCUGUAAAUAGUUUGCAAAGUUAUUUAUAUAUUCAAUGUCUGACUAUAGUCCGGUAAUCUGAAUUUGUAGUGUAUAUAAAGACGUUGUACACCAGCUUUUGGAAAGUGUCUUUGGUCUAAAUCCGUGAAACUGGAAAUAUCAUAGAAA